AUGAAUGGGGCAGUGGCUCUUGUGGGCUUUUGUGAGAUUGACGGUGCUAGUAUAAAUUUCUGCACACAGGCUCUCCACGCGAACUCAGCCGAAGAUAUGACCGACUACUCUUCCGUCAGCAGUGGAACGACUUCCCCAGGAUCCUACCCUACUAAUUCUGAUUACAGCACAGAUAUCAGGAGAAGCUCCUUCUCUACCAUAGGAAGCGUGUCCUCAUCCGUAUCCACCUGUCCCUCUUGCACGCUUGUUUUGACUCCUUCCGACAUUGACAGAAGCCCUGGGCAGGCAGACAUUAAAGGAUUCAAGACCAUAGAUGAUGAGAAUCCGCUUGUAAGCUAUAUCGGUUCUCGAUAUCCACAAAAUCAGCGACUAUAUGAAGUGAUAAAACAGGCGUGUGUUCGCAGUAUAAGCUGUGAACUCUGUCAUGGCAAUGAGGGCCCAGCCUUGUUUGGAGACGAAAAGGAUGGCUAUGUGCUGAGCUACAUGUUCAAAAUAGAUGAUAGUCAAGCAAGAGGAUUACAGCGAUCAUAUAGCUUUAUCUUCUUGAUGACCGAUCGGGUAUAUCUCGUUUCAUCAUGGUCCUUUCUCGUAAGAAGGUUCCGUGUUUUAGCAGCAGGAAUUCAAGCCAAGGCGAGUCAGGUGUUCGAGAGGGAGAAGGCAGCCAUUGAUUCAACCUCUAUCAGAACUGAUUAUAAAAGGAGCCUCAGAUCAUUGUCAGAAUUGUUAGAAUCGAAGGACUUGUUUGUUCAACUGCAUGCUAAUUUCAGCUGGAUUUUGAAGGCUUGCGGGAAUCGAUUACAAGAGCGGCAAACCUAUGGCAAGACAUUGUUACCACCCCCCAAAUCCAUGAUGUCAUUGAAUUCGGCACAAGUGAUAGCCGACAAGAUACCGGAUACAGGCUAUUCAUCAGAUGUAUCGAAUGCUGAAACUGAAUUUAAAUUAGACGGUUUGGCAUCUAUACGACAUAUGUUGGGAGCAGCAGAUUUUAGACGAAUGAUGUAUAACGUUGUCAUCGGCAAUCAACUCGUUAUACGAUGUUAUGAUAAGCAUAUACUACAAAAGCUUAUAAAUACUGUCAAGGAUUUAGUGCCCCCAGAGUGUUGCCGUAUAAUAGAAUACUCUGAGACAUACCAAGAUAUAUCAAAAUGUAAUUUGUUAGGAUUAAUUACAUCAACAGACAUUCUCGAACAAACGAACAAGACAUUACUCUGUUUGUUAGAUAUCCUUCAAGAACAGGAGCAGACAGACACUUUGUCCAAUACGGAUGAAACGUUGAAAAUGCAGUUAUUGCAUGGGAAGCAUGAGCCGAAGACGGACGAACCGGCGUCUUCGAAUGCAAAAGACAGUACGCAGACAUCCAUUCCAUCAAAACUUUUUAUGGACCAGUUGUCGGGAAUAUUUGAAUUAGACCCAAGGCCAGAAUCUGUGGAAAUGAGAUUAAUGGUGUUCAAAGAGGAAUGGUCAAGUAAGACCAAGCAGUUCUCUCGAUAUAUGAAAUCCGGAACAACGAUUAAUGAGACAGCCAAUGCCAAACUUUUCCUGAAACAAUUGAACAUUAGUGAAACCGAUCUGCCGAUUGUUAAGUUUUGGAUGGGUGCUUGCAAAGCAUGA